AUGAAUUCGUUGUUAACACCUUCACCAAAAGAGGGUCUGUUCCAGGCACAGACGUCUCGCUACCUCAGUGAGUUUGAAAAGCUCUCUAUACUUGGAAAAGGAUCCUAUGGCAAAGUCUUCAAGAUUAAAAACAAGCUGGAUGGACAGAAGUAUGCUGUGAAGAAAAAUCUCAUCAAGAAUGUUUCAAGGGAAGACUGCAUGAAGGUUCUCAGAGAGGUGAAAGUGUUAUCCAGUCUUCAGCACAUCAAUGUAGUAGGCUACCACACUGCCUGGAUGGAGCAUAUCACACAUGCUUUUACUAAGCCUGCAGCAAUACCCUCUGCACUGGAAAUGCAUGUGCUGCCAGAACGGGACAAUUAUUACAGUGAGGACAGUACAGUUAGUAGCAGCGGCUCCUCAAAAUUCUUCACGAGCCCAGAUCAGUCAAAGGAGCCAGUGGACAUAGCUAAAGCACCAGUGAGCCUCCCAGUGAAAGAGGAGAAGAGCACGCAGGCGGUGGGUCCUAAAACCAUGUGCCACACCCGUUUCCCAGAUGUGUUGCUGGGACGGUGUGGUCAGACGAGGGACGGCUGCACUGUGAAUGCCAAGACUGUGCAAAGAUGUCAUCAAGGCAAAGAUCCUUAUGGGGCUGUGGACACGAAACAAACCCUCAGCAUUCUACAUAAAAUACUUCAAGGUGUAGAAUACAUUCACUCUAGAGGAAUCAUGCAUAGAGACCUGAAGCCCAGGAAUAUUUUCCUGCGUGGACAUAACUGCCAUGUGAGGAUUGGAGACUUUGGACUGGCUUUCAGGGAUAACAUGAUGGAUGACAAGGAAAAACCACCCUCCACCUCACAGAACACUGGUUCCUCUCAUACCGCUGGAGUGGGGACAUUUGUUUACGCAGCACCUGAACAACUGGAGGGUUCCCACUAUGAUUCAAAUUCAGACAUGUACAGUAUAGGAGUGGUGGCCCAGGAGCUGUUACAGCCCUUUGGGACAGAGAUGGAGCGUGUUCAGACACUAGGGGACCUCCUUGAGGGGAAGGUCCCAGACUCCUCCUCCCAGCGCUGGCCUGUCCUGGCCAAGUACAUCACACUGCUGACCAGCUGAGACCCCACUCUAAGACCCAGCGCCACACAGCUGCUGCAGAGCGAGCUGUUCAGCAGCAAAGACAUGGUUAUCCAUGGCUUGCAGACAAGGGUUAAAGAGCAGGAAUAUGAGAUAGUUCAACUCAGGAGACAGAUCAGUCAGCUACAGACUUAGAGCAUGAAGCAAGCAUCCCAUUCCACGGACAGGACCUGACGUCAACCAUCUCUGCCCAUCUUCAAAUAUUCGACCCCUUUACCUUACCAAAUGUGAAUAAUUUGGUGCAAAUGGUUGAAUGUGUGUGGUCUCUCUGCCUGGAUGUAACAAUGUGACUAGAAAUUAAAAUUGUAGAAUAAAUCAUUUAAUUUACACUUA